GGUGCCGGGGUAGCAGAGGGGAAGUCUGAGGUGUCCCUGAGGAAACAGCUGGCCCAAGGACCAGCUGACAGGUGUUCUGGUGAAGUCCCGGAGCAAAGAUAGCCAGGGAGGGUUUCACAUGCCUUGAGAAUCCGUUCAACCUGCCCAUACUGCAAUGCCUGUUAGCUUUGUGGUCUUUUUUACUUAUGCUCUCUGGAUAAAACUGCAGCUCCUCACACACUGCGCUGCUGGCCCAGCACCUUGCAGUCUUGACACUCGUCCUUCCCUUGGAGACACUGCUGCGUCCUCGCCUGGGACGGGGAUCUCGCAGGCCCGGGAGCAGGCAGCUCUGAGGAGGCAGUAAGCAAACGUGGCAAGCCACAGAUGUUGUGCCGUCUAGAAAACUGAAAUAGGAUACCAGUAACCAUCUCUGCUAGCCUGAGGUGUUCACAGGCAAGUUCAGGUUUAUCCAGAGAACCAUGGCAGAAGGUGGAUUUGAUCCUUGUGAAUGCAUUUGCUCUCAUGAACAUGCAAUGAGAAGACUGAUCAAUCUGCUGAGACAAUCCCAGUCCUACUGCACAGACACAGAAUGCCUUCAGGAAUUGCCAGGACCAAAUUCCUCCAGUGACAAUGGUAUCAGCUUUGCCAUGAUAAUGAUGGCCUGGGUGGUGAUUGCACUUGUCCUGUUCUUACUGAGACCUCGUAAUCUGAGAGGAUCCAACUUAGCCGGAAAGCCAACCAGCCCACACAAUGGACAAGAACCACCAGCCCCACCAGUGGACUAGAGCAUUCAGUAUUGGAAAAGUCCAGCAGCUGAAACCUUGCACGACCAAAUGAACGAAGUGACCAGAUUACUCCUAAACCCCAUUCAAUACUGUUUUCUUUUCUCAUUUAUAUAGAGCAGAGUUAUCAUUCAACAGUUAUCUUCAUGAACUGCUUUUAGCCACUUCAAUUUUAAGUUAAUUUUUGCUUUGUAUGUUAUUAAAAUUCUUAGUAGAUUGUAAUUUGAAUAAUUAUAAGGCAUUGCAGGGGUUUUUUGGUUGUUACCAUUACUGUGGACAUUCCACUCAGUCUCUUUCUCUUACAGCUGUCUUAAUUUCUUUACAGUGAUUUCUGAUAUGCAUUGAAAGAAAAAGAAAAUCCCUGCACAUCUAUAAUAAUGGAAGGUUACUGACCUUUCUUGAGAUUAAUCCAUAUUUUUUUCUCCAGUAUGCUUUUGAGAGUUUUAUUGUGGUUGCAACUAUUAGUUUAGUUAUGUGGUGAAAAAUUGAAAUUAUUUCAUAUUUGCCCUGGGUUCAGAGCAGCUUUUAGUCUGGUCUUUGGAUGACUAACAUAGUUUUCAGGGUUGUUGUCAAAAGCACGGGUUGUCCACUAGAAUUAUACUCUGUGUGUGUGUGUGUGUGUGCAAAGAAGUGAAUGUGAUAAUUGCCACAGUUAAAGCUCUGACAUAUAUCGUGGGGACUCUACGCAAAAGAUUAUACCACCAAAAAAUAAAUUAAUUUUAUCUUGUUCAUUAAUAAAUGAUAUAUCCUAUUCAAUAUAUUGUCAAAAAUGUAUUUCAAAAAUGUAUUCCAAAAAUGGAUUUGUUUAUUUACAGGUGUUAUGAACGGAGAAAUUUAGUCAGAAUAAGAACUUUGUAGAAUUUUCUGUUCUCAUAUAGUCUCUUAAUAAUCCAUAUCUUAACAAGUUUUUAGCCACGAUGUAAUGUAUGUUGGAUAGGAUGAAAUCAUACCAAGAGGUUACUGAAGUUACCAACUUUUGGUAUACAACAUAUACUGGAUGUUCAGGUUUUUUCACCUGUACGUUAUCAGCAAUUCUUAACAUUUCAUCCUUAUCUACUGGUUGUAAUUGUAGAAUAACAAACUUGCAGGUGAAUCCAUAUAGCAUGUCUUUUCCCUCUAGUGUUUGUGUGUAUGUGUGGUGUGUUUAUGCGUGCGUGUGGCUGUGCACGUACCUGUGCACAUCUCCCAUUGUAGCAAAUGGGAAUUACUUUUUUAUAUGCAUUAAUUUAAAAAACAUUUUAAAGAUGUACAGAAAAGUGACACUGUAUAUUUUUCUUGAAUCAAUUCAGAAAAUUGAUGAGAAUAAUGUAAAAAACAUUUUUAUGUUACCACCAUGAAGCUUCUUUCCAUAAAGGUCAGUAGAACAGACAUGGGAAUUCAAAGCCUUACUCUACAAACCUUUGUUUCAUGAGGACUUUAGUUACGGAGCUGAAGGAACUAACUGUUAAGAUGCAUAAAGGUUUGUGUUAAUGGGCUCUAACAAAAAUCUCGCAUCAGAUCCCGUGGUUGACAGGUGCAGGGUUUUCCUCCUCAGGGUAAAUGGCGGGCCAGCUGAGCCUCCUUGUAAAGGCACAGCACAGACCUGAAGAAAGGCUUCUGUAAUUCGAUGUAUUUGCCCUUUGAAUUUCUGUGGAACGGUGUGCUCCCAAGCAUAGGAGCAUGUGUAAAAAAUAAAAAAUAGAAUAAAAAGAAGGUUGGGCCAGGUGCUCUCAGUGACAUCCGUGCAGUGCCAUGGAAAGCAAUGGAGCUGCAGCAGAGAAGCUGAGAGAAUUCAUCCUGUUAUCUCUAAUGGUGUCCAGGCCACCAACACUGUGUAAAGAUGUCACUGGGACAAGCAAUCUGACUGUGCUUGCUUCCUGCCUUCCAUGUGCAUUUAUGUUUGGGAUGCUAUUUUGAACAGAAAGAGUAAUACGGCAUCAUUUUGUUGAACCAACAAGAAAAUAUAUAUAAUCUCCUACACUGACCUUUUCUCCAAGGAUUUUUGGCCAGAAUCGUUCACUAUCAGAUGCAUAAAACCAAUUGAUUAAAAAGCCACCUGAAACAGGCUUCGUUUCAGACAGAGCACCACUCCUCAUCCUGUUGGAAGUCGGUGAGAUUUACAGCAGAUGCUCCUCACUUGUGAGGGUCAGUCUCGCUUGACUUAGGUGUCUGUGUAUGUGUUUAUAAAACUCACCAUGUGCACCCAGCUCCAACAGUCUUGGCAAAUGAACUUCUUGUUCAGAGUAAUGUUGUGGUUUACAUUUAAAUGAACUAUCUUUGCUUGAAAUUCCUCUUAAGUAAUUGUCCCAGUGAUUUUAUACAUGUAUGCUUUCCUUAUGUAAAUUGCUAUUUUAAAUUUUCUAUGUAAAAGAAAAAACAUUGGAAAUACUUUAUUGUAAAAUGUUUUACUAAAGAGCCAGGCCACUAUCCCAUGUCAAAAUAUAUGCCUUUUAAAUUCAGAUACUCUCUCCAAGAUAUAACCUUCAGAUCACCACUCUUAAUUAAAAUAAAAGGAACUAAUUGUAGGACUUUUUUUUGCCACUCUUAUUCAUGUUAGAUAGUGCCUUACUCAUCAAGUAGUUGCACUGAAGUUUGUGGGACUACUCUGAGAUAAUGUACUAGUAGCAGCUUUAGUAAGGGUGGCAGAAAUCUGGCCUUUUGUGGUGUAGUUUGCAAUGAAAUAAUUGUGUCAUGGUUACAGAUGUUUAUGGUAAAUUUUGAGAAGUCUGGAAGAGAUUAGUAGUAUGUGAAGCUUCAGGAUACGAAUAAAUCUGUAACUAGGGUUUUAAACUUGGUUAUGAAGAGACGCAAGUUGUAGCAACUUGGGAAAUAUGGAGGGAAGUUUACAAUUACACCUUAGCUUAGAACUUCGUUAAAACAAUAGCAUUUUUAGCGUCUGCUUAACACAAUUAUUAUACUCUGAAAUGAGAAAUCAUAUGUAUUCAUGUAUUGUCUGCAGAUCACUUAGCCUUGUAAUGUUCAUGAUUGAAAAAGGAAGAGUGAUGGUGUGAUACACCUAAUGUAAAUCAGUGGUUUAAAAUGUCUGAAUUUUGCCAAACAAAAAAUCAUCUGUGCCAUUCACAGUUUCCUAGUAAUCUUUUACUGAGUACUUGGAUUGGGAUAAAGGGCUUGUACUAUGCACUUUUUAUGGACUUAACAAAAUAAAUAGCAAUCAUUAGUAACCUUU